UCAGAGAAAUCCAGGGAUACUAGAUGGCCUGAACUGCUUCAAUGCAAAUUUACACUUGGCUGGAUUUAGUGUUAAGACUAUACUGUCAAUUCAACGUACGGUAUGUAUAGCUCGAGUGAUUUUCAUCCAUUUGGUACACAACGUACUUGGCCAGACGGCAGUUCUCUCAACUUUCGCCAGUUCGCCGUCAAUAUCCAGGACAGAGUAACUGGGCGCACUUUGAUUCGCGAUUUGUCGCCUAACCUCCCACAAUGUGUAGUUGUUGGAGUUGUUCUUGCUAAGGAAGAAGGGCGACUGUAUGCAGACAAGAAAAAUCCAGGACAGACUCGUUCUCGUAUGGGUUUUACCAUUCGCGAUAGUCCCGACGACUACAUCAAUGUGACCGUCUGGGGAAGUCAAGCAUAUAUCGACAAGCUGUCGUCGAGUUUCAAAAUCUGCGAUGUUGUUGAAAUUAGUAAUUGUCAAGUGCAAGCCAAGCAAAGCGAAGAAAUCGAAGAACGAUUCAAACCGUGGACUCCUGGGCCAUACCAUUUGCAUCUGAAGGAGAUGUUUUCGGCAGUUUCUUUAUAUAACGGAAACGAUUUUGCGGAACUAAUGAGUCUAGCUCACGUCCCAACUAGAGAAGACGAAGGCUUCAACAGUUUGGGACAACUUGUGGAAAACGCAGACAACGUGCAAGAUCAACAUGUCCACUUCAUGGCCGCUGUACAACAUAUUGGCGUAGGUCGCAAGGUUGUCACGAAGUCUGGACGAGAAGUAACUUGCUGUGAGAUCAAACUGUUCGACAAAACAUGCCCUUCUUUCACACUAAUGCUAUGGGAUCAAGAGACAAUUCAUUUGGCUCAAGGCUGGACAGCAGGAGAAACAAUCGUAUUGGUUACCGAUGCCAAGAUCAAAUAUGACAACUACAAGAGAACGCAGACCGCAACUUCGAAUGCCAAAACAAUAAUCGUCACCAACCCUGGUACAUCACAUACCCUUUUUCUGAUCAAACUAGAUGUGUGUACAUGGUAUCAUUGUGAUAUAGAUACACAUUAUGCUCAUUGCCUGUUUCAAUUCGCCCAGUCUACACCUAUUCGCUACCAUGACGAUGGCUCUACUGUUUCCGAUGACUCGUUCAUGCAGCAACAAACCGUUGAUCUGAACUCGAUAAAGGAUAUGUACACAGUAGAGACGUGGAGAAAGACCGUUUGCGGUCUCGACGGACUGCACCAGACUUGUCAUGGUGUAAUGAUCGCUGUGUUGACCCACAUUGGUCUCCCAGACUGCAUUACACGAAAGUGCUCACUGUGUAAACGCCGGGUGGAGAGCGAGUCACACGUCUGUCAGAACCGCGACUGCGCCAGUUUCCAACAUCCCACAACAGUAGAGACGAGCUUUGAUUUUCUCAUCGUCUUGUCCGACCAUUCCGGCAGCACGACCUGUCGAAUCUUUGGAGCCGAAGCCGAAGCUCUUCUCGCAUGCACUCCUGACGAGUAUUUGUUGAUGAGAGAGAGUGCGAUUGAACUAAUGAGAUGGAAGCUGCAACUCGAGUGGGUAAAGGUCUAUCUGCAGGCAUUUAUAUCUCCGACGAGAACCAUACCUUCAGUCAGAGUGCUCAGCUGCUGUCUUGCUGACGUGCACGACAUGAAAGUGAUUCAAUAAGAAAUACAACCGUCGAUGCCUUGAGUAGUCUAGUCUGCUG